AGGCACUGUGGGGGGGGGGGGCACUGGAAGCGGAGAAGGGCGGGGGUCUUUGCUCUUAGAGGCGGUUUCCUGCUCUUCCCUUCCCCAGGACAAACUCGGCUUUUGUUUCAAUGGCUGGGAGGGAACUGAAAGAAGCCUGUCUUCAUAACCUAGUGACGAAAGACAUCGUUGCACAGUCAGAAAUGCAGAGCUGGGUCAGAGGAUGUGGGCCGGAGACCAGUUCCCAGGCGGUGGCCCUGGCCGAAGGUUUCCUCCUGGGUCAGGCAGAGGAGAAGAGGCAGGCAGUGCAGAUGUGGCUACCAUCCCUGAAGAAAGAAGCAACAUUCCCUGAGGCGGAAGAAGCUUCCUUGGGGCAAGGGCUGAGUGGGCAGGCUCGGGAGCAUUCCCCAAAUGCCCCUUCCUGUGUAACAGGCAAUGGAGAGAUGCUGUUGAGCCAUCAUCUUUUCAGUGAUAUGGAAAUGGCUGCUGCACCUCCAGUCAAGCGUCUCUUUUCCUUUGAGGAGGUGUCCGUUGAUUUCACUGAGGCAGAGUGGGCCCUGCUGGAUCCCAGACAAAGAACUCUGUACAGGAAAGUCAUGCUGGAGAACUAUAGGAAUGUGGCCUUUCUGGAAGCCAGAAGUAUAAGAGAGACUUUGGUGGGGACGGGGAACAACCUCACAUCUGAACAAAGGCUAAAGAGUUUCUCAAGAGGAUCCCAAAACCAUAUUUCCUUCCCAGAUGAACUGGCUGAGACAAAGGAUGAUCAGAGGAAUGAGGAGGGUGUAGAAUUUCAUCAGCCAAUGCCAGAUAAAGUUAAAAAUGAAGACUUUAAAGAAAACGUAAGGAAUCAAGACAGACUUGAGGAAAAGAAAGGUGAAUGGAUGGUUGAGAAGAGCGAUCGCGGAGAGUGUAGUUUGUAUUUUUCAAAGGACAGAAUAAUAAAAGCAAGUAAAUCCAUGCAAUAUGAAAAGUACUUCAGAAAUAGAUCACAGCUCCGUCUACAUCAAAGAGUACACAGAAGCGAGAAACUUUUCGAAUGGCCAGAUUGCAGAAGGAGAUACAGUGAGAGGGGAAAACUUCAGCAGCAUCAGAGCACACACACAGGGGAGAAACCUUUUGAAUGCCCAGAGUGUGGAAAGAGAUUCAGUCGCAGUGGCCAUCUUCAACAGCAUCAGAGAACUCACACAGGGGAUAAACCUUUUGAAUGCACGGAGUGUGGAAAGAAAUUUAGCGAGAAUGGCAGUCUUCAAAAGCAUCAGAGAACUCACACAGGGGAGAAACCAUUUCAAUGCUCAGAGUGUGGAAAGAGAUUCAGUCGGAGUGGCACUCUUCAGUACCAUCAGAGAAUUCACACGGGGGAGAAACCUUUUGAAUGCUCAGAGUGUGGAAAGAGAUUCAGUGGAAGUUGGGGUCUUCAACAGCAUCAGAGAACUCACACAGGGGAGAAACCAUUUCAGUGCUCAGAGUGUGGAAAAAGAUUCAAUCAGAGUGGCAUUCUACAACAGCAUCAGAGAACCCACACAAGGGAGAAACCUUUUGAAUGCUCAGAGUGUGGAAAGAGACUCAGUUGCAUGGGCAGUCUUCAGGAGCACCAAAGAACCCACACAGGGGAGAAACCUUUUGAAUGCUCAGAGUGUGGAAAGAGAUUUAGUGGGAGUGGCAGUCUUCAAAGUCAUCAAAGAACCCACACAGGUGAGAAACCUUUUGAAUGCUCAGAGUGUGGAAAGAGAUUCCGUCAGAGUGGCACUCUUCAACAGCAUCAGAGAACCCACACAGGGGAGAAACCUUUUGAAUGCUCAGAGUGCGGAAAGAGAUUUGGUCAGCAUGGUAGUCUUUUACUUCAUCAGAGAACUCACACAGGGGAGAAACCUUUUGAAUGCUCAGAUUGUGGAAAGAGAUUCAGCCAUGCUAGCAGUCUUUUACUUCAUCAGAGAACCCACACAGGGGAGAAACCUUUUGAAUGCUUGGAGUGUGGAAAGAGAUUCAGUCAGAGUGGCGGUCUUCAACAGCAUCAGAGAACACAUACAGGGGAGAAACCUUUUGAAUGUUUGGAGUGUGGAAAGAGAUUCAGUCAGAGUGGCGGUCUUCAACAGCAUCAGAGAACUCACACAGGGGAGAAACGUUUUGAAUGCUCAGAGUGUGGAAAGAGAUUCAGUAGGAGUGGCGGUCUUCAACAGCAUGAGAGAACACACACAGGGGAAAAACCUUUUGAAUGCGUGGAGUGUGGAAAGAGAUUCAGUCAGAGUGGCGGUCUUCAACAGCAUCAGAUAACACACACGGGGGACAAACCUUUUGAAUGCUUGGAGUGUGGAAAAAGAUUCAGUGGGAGCAGUAGUCUUCGACAGCAUGAGAGAACUCACACAGGGGAGAAACAUUUUGAAUGCUCAGAGUGUGGAAAAAGAUUUAGUCAGAAUGGCACUCUUCAAAAGCAUCAGAGAACUCACACAGGAGAGAAACAUUUUGAAUGCUCAGAGUGUGGGAAAAGAUUCGGACGGAGUGGCCAUCUUCAACAGCAUGAGAGAACUCACACAGGGGAGAAACCUUUUGAAUGCUUAGAGUGUGGGAAAAGAUUUUGUGAGAGGGGGAAACUUCAACAGCACCAGAGAAUCCACACAGGGGAGAAACCUUUUGAAUGCUUUGAGUGUGGAAAGAGAUUCAGUCAGAGUGGCCAUCUUCAGAAGCAUCAGAGAACUCACACAGGGGAGAAACCUUAUGAAUGCUCAAAGUGUGGAAAGAGGUUCAGUUGGAGUGGCAUUCUACAACGGCAUCAGAGAACUCACACAGGUGAGAAACCUUUUGCAUGCUUAGAAUGCGGAAAGAGAUUUUGUGAAAGGGGGAAACUUCAACAGCACCAGAGAACCCACACAGGGGAGAAACCUUUUGAAUGCUUUGAGUGUGGAAAGAGAUUCACUCAGAAUGGCACUCUUCAAGAGCAUCUGAGAACCCACACUGGAGAGAAACCAUAUGAAUGCUCAGAGUGUGGAAAGAGAUUCAGUGGGAGCAGUAGUCUUCGACAGAAGGUGCUUUUCCGGGGAGGGGGGUGGGAAUUGCUUUUGAAUGGGGAAAGGGAACGAGACGGCCUUCCGAGAAAAGCCUUGCUGCAGCUGUUUCCUUCCAACCAAGUGGCAACGGAUAUCUUUCCACUGUCAGUGGUGACCCAAGAAAAGGGGAAGGGGAUGGAAGAGCAGAACCUAGAAGGACCAGGAACUAAGAAGACAGGAAGGAAAGGCACCCAUCCCUCCCAAGCUGGGAGUGCUGCUGAAUUCUGGGAAAGCCCGGUGUCAGAUAUCUGUGAUCAGCUCACUGCAAUCUCAGAUGUACAUUGCCGAUACUUCCGUCAGUUCCACUACGAUGAGGCCAAAGGGCCCCGAGAGGUUUGUAGCCAGCUCCAUGGACUUUGCAGCCAGUGGCUGAAGCCGGAGAGGCACACCAAAAGACAGAUCCUGGACCUGGUGAUCCUGGAGCAGCUCCUGGCCGUCCUGCCUCAUGAAAUGCAGUGCUGGGCCAGAGAGUGUGGGCUGGAGACCAGUUCUCAGGUGGCGGCCCUGGCCGAAGGUUUCUUUCUGAGUCGGACAGAGGAGAAGAAACAGGCUGAACAGGGAGAAGCCUCUCUUCAUAGCCAAGAGAAUAAAGGCAACUUAUCAGAGACAGAGGUGGCCCAAGAGAAGGGGAAGAAGAUGGAAGAGCAGGACCCAGACGGACCUGGAACUGGCAAGACAGCAAGAAAGAGCUCACAUCCAAUCCAGCCUGGAAGUGGCGUUGAAUUCUGGGAAUCAGUUGUGUCAGAGGCUCUGGCUAUGGACGCCAUGACCUGCAAUGCACAUUGCCGACACUUCCAGCAUUUCCACCACCAGGAGGCAGAUGGGCCCCGAGAAGUUUGCAGCCUGCUCCAUGGACUUUGCAAUCAGUGGCUGAAGCCGGAGAGGCACACCAAGAAGCAGAUCCUGGACCUGGUGAUCCUGGAGCAGUUUUUGACUCUCCUGCCAGAAGAAAUGCAGUGCUGGGUCAGAGGUUGCGGGCCGGAGACCAGUUCCCAGGCGGUGGCCCUGGCCGAAGGUUUCCUUCUGAGUCAGGCAGAGGAGAAGAGGCAGACAGAGCAGAUGUGGGCAUCAUCCGUGAAGAAAGAAGCAACAUUCCCUGAGGCAGAAGGAGCAUCCUUGGAGCCAGGGCAGAGGGCGCAGGCCCAGGAAUGUGCCCCCAAUGCCCUUUGCUGUGGAAGUGAAGAGAUGCUGUUGAGCCGUCGUCUUUUCAGAGGUGUGGAAAUAACCGCUGCACCACCAGUCCAGGGUCCCUUUUUCAUUGAGGAGGUGUCCAUCUAUUUCACAGAGGCAGAAUGGGCCCUGCUGGAUCUGGGGCAAAGAGCUCUCUACAGGGAAGUCAUGAAGGAGAACUAUGGAAAUGUGGCCUUUCUGGCCAGGAGUAUAAGAGAGACUUUGGUGGAGACAGGCAACGACCUUGCAUCCGAAGAAAGACUGGAGAGUUUCUCAAGAGGAUUCCAAGAGCAUACUUCUUUCCCAUAUGAGGUGGCUGGGACAGACAAUGAUCAGAGGAAUGAGGAGGGUGAGGAACUUCAUCAGCAAAUGCUCGAUGGAAGUAAAAAUGAAGACUUGAAAGAAAACCUAAAGAAUCAAGGCAGAACUAAGAAAAAGAAAGGUGAACUUGUGGUUGAGAAGAGAGGUCAAAAAAAGUAUAAUGUGCAUUUUCCAAGGCACAGGAUAAUGAAGACAAGUAAAUCCAUUCAGUUUGGAAAGUAUUUCAGAAAAAGAUCAAAGCUCCUUGUGUACCAAAGAAUACACAGAAGGAAGAAAACUUUUGCAUGCUCAGAUUGUGGAAGGAGAUUCAGUGAGAGGGGGAAUCUUCAGCGGCAUCAGAGAACACACACAGAGGAUGAACCUUUUGAAUGCUCAGUGUGUGGAAGGAAAUUCAGUUGGAGUGGUGCUCUUCAACAACAUAAGAGAACCCACACAGGGGAGAAACCUUUUGAAUGCUCAGAAUGUGGAAAGAGAUUCAGUCAGAGUGGCACUCUUCAACGGCAUCAGAGAACUCACACCGGGGAGAAACCUUUUGAAUGCUCAGAGUGUGGAAAGAGAUUCAGUCAGAAUGGUGCUCUUCAAUACCAUCGAAGAACCCACACAGGGGAGAAACCUUUUGAAUGCACUGAGUGUGGAAAGAGAUUCAGUGGGAGUGGCGCUCUCCAGCAGCAUCAGAGAACUCACACAGGGGAGAAACCUUUUGAAUGUUUUGAGUGUGGAAAGAGAUUCAGUCAGAGUGGCAUUCUACAACGGCAUCAGAGAACCCACACAGGGGAGAAACCUUUUGAAUGUGCAGAGUGUGGAAAGAGUUUUAGUGAGAAUAGUAGUCUUCAGCAUCAUAAAAGAACUCACACAGGGGAGAAACCUUUUGAAUGUUUUGAGUGUGGAAGGAGAUUUAGUGAGAACAGCAGUCUUCACAAGCAUCAGAGAACACACACAGGGGAGAAACCUUUUGAAUGCUCAGAGUGUGGAAAGAGAUUUAGUGUGAAUGGCAGUCUUCAAAAGCAUCAGAGAACCCACACAGGGGAGAAACCCUUUGAAUGCUCAGAGUGUGGAAAGAGAUUUAGUGAGAACGGCACUCUUCAGCGACAUCAGAGAACCCACACAGGGGAGAAACCAUUUGAAUGCUCAGAAUGUGGGAAAAGAUUAAGUCGGAGUGCAAUUCUUCGACGGCAUCAGAGAAUUCACACAGUGAAGAAACCUUUUGAAUGCAUGAAGUGUGGAGAGAGAUUCAUGUUCAGUGAUAUUCUUCAAAAGCACCUGACAACCCACACAGGGGAGAAACCUUUUGAAUGCUCAGAGUGUGGAAAGAGAUUCAGUGGGAAUGGCAUUCUUCGGCAGCAUCAGAGAAUUCACACAGGGGAAAAACCUUUUGAGUGCUCAGAGUGUGGAAAGAGAUUCCGUCAGAGUGGCACUCUUCAGCGGCAUCAGAAAACUCACAGGGGGGCAAAACCUUUUGAAUGCUCAGAGUGUGGAAAGAAAUUAAGUUGGAGUGGUGCUCUUCAACGGCACCAAAGAAUCCACACAGGGGAGAAACCUUUUGAAUGCUCAGAGUGUGGGAAAAAAUUCAGUAGUAGUGGCCAUCUUCAACGGCAUCAGAGAUCCCACACAAGGGAGAAACUGAUUGAAUGCUGAGAACGUGGAAAUAGAUUCAGGUUGAGUGGCUGUCUUUAACAGCAUAUGAC